CGCGGAGCCGCUCGGCGCGCGCUCGGCGCCCGGCGGCGAAGGCCCAGGGAGGCGGGCCGGGUCCCGGCGGCGCGGCCCGCGAGCCUCAGCGGGUCUGGGGGCGGCGGUGCUCCCCGUCUGAGGGGCUCCCGCCCGACAGCCGCGGUGGCGCCCGCGGCCCCUGAGCGAACGGAAGACCAGGCCGGGAGGCGGCGGCGCGGCCGUGCCCGGAGUAAGGCAAAAGAAUGAAAGAAGUAGAUAAUCUCGAAAGUAUAAAAGAAGAAUGGGUUUGUGAAACAGGAUCUGACAACCAACCUCUUAGUGAUGAUCGUCAAAGAAAUUGCGAAUAUUUUGUUGACAGCCUUUUUGAGGAAGCUGAGAAGGUUGGCGCCAAAUGCAUGUCUCCCACUGAACAGAAGAAACAGGUUGAUGUAAGUAUAAAAUUAUGGAAAAAUGGAUUCACAGUCAAUGAUGAUUUCAGAAGUUACUCUGAUGGUGCAAGUCAGCAGUUUCUGAACUCCAUCAAAAAAGGGGAAUUACCUUUGGAAUUACAGGGAAUUUUUGAUAAAGAGGAGGUGGAUGUUAAAGUUGAAGACAAAAAAAAUGAAGUAUGUAUGUCAACGAAGCCUGUGUUCCAGCCUUUCUCAGGACAGGGUCACAGACUGGGAAGUGCCACACCAAAAAUUGUUUCUAAGGCAAAGAGUAUUGAAGUUGAGAAUAAAAAUAAUUUGUCUGUUGUUCAACUAAACAAUCUGGAACCCAUCACUAAUGUACAGAUCUGGCUAGCCAAUGGAAAAAGGAUUGUCCAGAAAUUUAACAUUUCUCAUAGGAUAAGCCACAUCAAAGACUUCAUCGAAAAAUACCAAGGAUCUCAAAGAAGUCCUCCCUUUUCCCUGGCCACAGCUCUUCCUUUCCUCAAAUUGCUAGAUGAAACACUCACAUUGGAAGAAGCAGAUUUACAGAAUGCUGUAGUCAUUCAGAGACUCCAAAAAACCGCUGAACCUUUUAGAGAACUUUCAUAACAUUGAUUUUUGAUACACUAAGUUUGCAGAGAAAUGAUGGUUGUAAAUGAACAUGCAAACCAAAAUGAGGGAAAGGAAGUCAGAUUCGCUGGACUUUUAGUUCAGGCAUUAUUUAACUCCCUCCUGAUGAGAAGAUUUUUAAAUAAGUACAAGUUAGGAAUGUGAACUCUGACUGGAAACUAUAUUCAAUGCACUUUUUCCAAAAGACUACUCAGAAAGAAAACUAUACUUAUUUUCAAAUACCAGUUAUUCAACAAUAAGAUAUAUUAAAUCGCUGUAUCAUAUAGAAUCUUAAUGUGGUAUAAAUUAGCAAAUGUAUUCACAGCAUCAUUCAUUCAAAUAUUCCCAACCAGCAGUGGUUUGUUUAGAUAUUAGCUGUCUCAGAUUUUUUAAAUAGCAGUAUAUUAAGAAAAUUAUACAUGACAGGUUAAAAAACAUCAAUGUAAUUAUUUUACAUUUGAGAUACAGUCAGAAGGCUAGAAGGAACUUCUUUCACCACAGCUAUGCCUGAACCUCCAAGUGGUCUCCAUUUUUAUUUUCUAAUGGCAAUAUAUACUCAUGUUAUUUUGGCACAGUAUCUAAAAUAUAUUUUAAAGAUAAAAUUGUGCAGCUUAGUAUAAUGUCAAUAUUAAUCUGCCUAUUCACAUUUCGACAUUUUCAAGAAGUGUAAUUUUUAAAAAUUUCUGUCCAGGAACCCGAGUUCAUCCCUUAUUUUUUCUUUUGAAAAUUAGGGAUUUGUUUUUAGCUAACAUUUUUGAGUAAGCCUUUCAUUUGCUACCAUUCACUUAGAAACUAAUGCUUGUUUUGGCACAUUGCUAUUAAUAUUUUUUAAAUGCAUCACAUAAACUAUCGUUUUCUAUUCCAUAUAUCAGAGUCAACCUGGGUACACAUUAAAGGAUUAUUUGUUACAUUCUGAUGCCACCAAGGAAGUCAUGUUUUGUAUCUUAAUCUUUUAAUUCGAACUGGUUAGACUUCUAUAUUUCACCGUCAGAUUGAAUUCCCUUGCCUGAAGAUAAGUUUAGGAAGCUUUUUUUUUCCCCCAAAUUAUUUAUUGAAUCUUAUUUAAAGCAAAAUUUACAUUGAAUGUGCCAAGGAACUAAGUAGCCAUACCUAUCAGCAGUAAUGUUCACAGGGUACUGGGUGUCUGCUGGAAAGAGCAGUUCUCAACCUUUCUGGUCUCAAGAACUUUUGUUUAUGUGGGUAAUAUAUAUGAUAUUGAAAAUAAAAAAUUAUAAAAUAUUCAUUAAAAAUAAUAAGCACAUGUUAAUGUAAAACAUUUUAAUGAAAAGCGUUUUCUAAAAAAUUUAGUGAGAAAAGUGGCAUUCCAUUUUUUGCAGCUAUCUUUACUGACUUAAAGAAGACAGAUGGAAUCUCAUGUCUGCUUCCACAUUCAAUCUGUUGUGAUAUUGCACAUCAUGUAGCCUCUAGUAAAUGCUGCUGUAUAUUCAUGAGAAAAGGGGGGGAAGCAAAUAAUGUCUCAGUUUGGUUAUGAAAAUAGUUUGACUUUACGGACCUCUUAAAGGAACCAUUCUUACGAAGCACUUUACAAUGAUUCUCACAUCUUAGUGUUAGAAUCACUUGGGAAGCAUUUCAAAAUGUCUAUUCCAGGCAUCUACCACACACAUUCUGAUUCAUUGUAUCUGGGAUGGGUCCCAGAUCUCUGCAUUUGUAGUCUCAAGUGAUUUUUAGGCAUGUAGUAGAAGAACGUUCAGGGAAUCCUGCAUUAUGCUUGCACCCUAAGAAAAUAAACCUGUGUGCUUCACCACAAACAGUGGAAGAAGACUCUCCACUGAAAUGGGACUUCUAGACCGUUAAGUUUUAUUCUUUAUCUCCCACAGUUGGUUCUUAGACUGUUCCCCUUAACUCUUAAUUAAUCAUGAUAUAAACCUAUACUACUCCUCUAAGCACAGCUGAGAGGAGGCUGGAACAUUUAAAUGAGAUUUUCAUUAGAAGCUCAGAAAUAAUAAAAGGGAAAUGCACAUAACUAGAUGACCUGGAUUAUAAGCUGCAUCUUCUGUUGUAGGUCCAUAUUAAGACUGCUUCCUUUUCUAGCUCCCAGCCUUCCACAUGGUAGAAGCCUUUUUAUCAGGAAGAGAGGGAGGGCAAAGGAGAACCUUUUCCUUUUGUCACUUACUUUCAGAAAUGAACAGGUAUAUAAUAGAAAAUACUGUCAUUAUGUUUACAGCUGUAGUAGAGCCCUCUCUAGUGAAACAUAAUAGCAUUCUUAAAUUGAGGGGAUGGUAAAAAUCAGUGAACGCUUUCAGAUAUAAAAAGAUGAUUGUUAAUAUAUUUUUCAAGAGUCUGUAAGAAAAUGUUUCCUAUAGGCCUAUUAUGAAGCAUUGUAUAAUUUAAUUUGCAUAAUUAUAGUCUGUGAUUCUCCAUAUAUUUCUAUAAAGGGGCUUCUCGUUGGAAAUAUUUUUCUUGUACCUAUAAAAAGGCCUCCUUUGUGAAUUUUCCAGUUUAUAAUUAUUUAUCCAGAAGGUACAUUGGAGGUUUUCUUGUGUGUACAUGUAGAAUACACCCCAGUGAGAAGUUCCUAUGGAGAAAGACCCAUUGUCAGCAAUAACUUUCAUUUUUUCUAACUGUGAAUACCUUCAUUAAUGUGAAUAAUAUUCUCAGAGGUUUUCAAAAUGAGAAUCAUCUGAUAAAACUUUCUACUUUAAAAGUUCAAAAUUGUAAAGUUGUUAAUUAAAUGUGUAGAUUAUGUAAAACAUACUGACUUUAGAAAAUAUAAAUUGAAUUUGGCAAGGGAAGGCAAACUUGAAAAUAAUCAAACAUUUUAGGUGUAGAAUACAAUUUGACCUACGUAGUUGUUUCAAAACCCGUCAGUUUUUGAAAAAUCAUUGUUAAGGCUGAUACAAGAAGUACAUUUCUAGUUUUACAGAUUCUAAUUUAAUGGUUAAAUUACUAUGCAUUAUGCAGGCUGUAAAACUGGUCUUAUUUUAUAUACUUUUCUCAUUCAGAACACUUUUCAUUACGUUUCAUUGUGUUGAAAAUACGGUAUUAUGCAUCUGUUUCAGUGCCUUAUUUUUAAAGCAAGCUUUUGCUAACGGUUAAAGAACUGUUGUCUUAAGAAUGAAAUAAUUCAUUAAAAGGAUCUGUGAAAUAAUCUACAGUUGUUUCUUAUACAAUAGUUACAUCUGGUUUCAUUUGUCAUUUUUAUUUGGCAUUGGCAAAGCCAUUCAGUUUGAGAAUCAACAUUUAUCAGGUGCCUUCUGUUUGCCAGGUACUUUAAUCAGUGUUACUUUCAUUUAAUCCUCAGAAAUGUGAAAAUGUGAUAUUUUUAGUACAUUCAUCCAUCAGUUGAUGGACAUUUGGGUUUCACUUUGGGUUAUAAAUAAUGUUACUAUGAACAUUUGUGUUCAAGUUUUUGUGUGAACAUGUUCAGAGGUAGGUUUUUUAAAAAACCAUUUGUGUCCUGAGUUGAACUAGCAUGAAGACUCCUUGGUAGGGUUUACUUCUUUGUUCUUUCUCUAAGUACAAACCAUUUAAUUAAGAAAUUGCUCAUCACACUAAAUCUUCAGAUACAAGUGGCUUAUUCGAUAGACUAAUAUUUGGCUCUUUGUCAUUUGCUUUAAAUAUUUUUUUCACAGAUAAUUCAUAUUCAUUGUAGAAAAUUGUAAAAUGCUCGAAUGAUCUUUAAAUCACCAAUUUCACCUUUCAAAUAAUAUAACCACUAAUAACAUUUUGGUGUACAUCCUUUCAGGUAUUUUUAAGUGAAUCAGUGUUUUGUAUUAAUUAAAAGGCAGGCUUCUUGGUUAUUGUAAUGCUAUUUUAUCUAUUGAAGUCUAACGUAUUUGUCUUUAAAAAUUACAUUCAGAAUAUGGCAUCAUUUUAACUAGAAUAAUAGCUGUUAGCAACAAAUGCCUUCUUUUUUUUUUUUUUAUUCAUGAGAGACAGACAGAGAGAGGCAGAGGGAGAAGCAGGCUCCCAAGGAGCAGGGAGCCCGAUGCGGGACUCGAUCCCAGGACCCUGAGAUCAUGACCCGAGCCGAAGGCAGACGCUUAACCAUCUGAGCCACCCAGGCGCCCCAGCAACAAAUGCCUUUUAAUUACAUUUUUGUGCAGGGGGCAAAAAAAAAAAAGAUGCAGGGUUUCUUUUUUUACUUCUUAAAAUUUUAAAAUUGUGGUAGUAUAUGCAGCAAAGUACAAAUGUUGGGAAUGAAGUGCUUCCAGACCUAAAAAUGCUAUAAAAUGAUGUAUGUGAAAGUAGAUUAUCCAAAGAAACUUAAGCUUGAGUUUAAGUUUCCAAGGACUUAAACAUUUAGCACAUGCAUUAUCUAAUUAUCCUUCCACUGUUGAUAAGGCUGCAAUCAAGAAAACAGGAGGUACCCAUUUUGUAGGUUAAAGAAUUGAGGCAUAUUUGCAGUGUAUACAAAUACUGAAUCAUUACUUUGUACACCUGAAACUAGUAUACUGUUAUAUGUCAAUUAUACCUCUUUAGAAAAAAUAAUUGAGGCAUAGAAAAUGAUUUAGACUGGGCAGUAUAUACUUUAGGAUUAUAUUUAUCUGUGACAGAAAAGUCUAAUAGUGACUUACAAAACAAAAUUUUAUUUAUUUCCAUGCAAAAGUCCAGAGGGAAGCAAUUCAGAACUGGUAGAUCAACUUCGUAAAACUU